AUGGGGAUAAAAAACCAGACAUGGGUGAAGGAGUUUAUUCUCCUCGGCCUGUCCAGUGACUGGACCACUCAGGUCUCUCUCUUUGUUUUGUUCCUGAUAAUGUACCUGUUGACAGUGCUGGGGAACGUCCUCAUUCUCCUUCUGAUCAGACUGGACAGCCGACUCCACACUCCCAUGUAUUUCUUCCUCUCGAAUCUCUCCUUGGUUGACGUCUCUUAUGCCACAAGCAUCGUCCCUCAGAUGUUGGCACAUUUUCUUGUGAAACAUAAAAGCAUACCGUUUGUAAGCUGUGCAGCCCAGUUAUUUUUCUCUCUAUCUUUGGGUGGGAUUGAGUUUGUUCUGCUGACGGUGAUGGCCUACGACCGCUAUGUGGCUGUGUGCAACCCUUUGCGGUACUCCGUCAUCAUGCACGGGAGGCUAUGUACCAAGCUGGCUGUCACAUCUUGGAUCAGUGGCUCUCUCAACUCUCUAAUACACACUUCCAUCACAUUUCAGCUGCCCACAUGCACAAACAAGUUUAUUGAUCAUAUAUCCUGUGAAAUUCUCGCUGUGGUCAGACUGGCCUGUGUGGACACCUCCUCCAAUCAGGUCAUAAUUAUGGUUUCUAGCAUCAUCCUCUUGAUGACACCAUUCUGCUUGGUCCUCUUGUCCUAUAUCAAGAUCAUCUCUGCCAUCCUAAAAAUCCGGUCCACAGCGGGAAGGAAGAAAGCCUUCCAGACCUGUGCCUCUCACCUCACUGUAGUUGUCCUGUGCUAUGGCAUGGCCAUUGUUACUUAUAUCCAGCCCAAUUCCAGCCCAUCUGUGCUUCAGGAGAAGUUGAUCUCACUUUUCUAUGCCAUUUUGACUCCUAUGCUGAACCCCAUGAUUUACAGCCUGAGGAAUAAGGAGGUGCAAGGAGCCUGGCAGAAACUAUUGGGACAAUUCUCUGGACUAAGGACUAAACUGGCAACUUGA